CCGGCUGCCAGUAUAGUAUCGGACGUCGUACACGAUUCCGACUCUUCUGGCCGUUUGAUUAUUCAGGCGCGCAUAGUCGACCGGUCGUUUUUCAAUAUUAAAAGAAGUCCGGUUACUGAAUUUGACACCGAUCACUUAGUCUAAGUGCGGGCAAGUUGUCGAUGUCAGAGAUAUAUUGUGAAAAAAACGGAGCCGCAGGUCGAGAUGCAGUUCUCCUCAUGUAAUAACUGUAGCUAGCCAAUAGACAAGCGCCUGGUGCCUUUUUCAUGAAUUGGACAAUGGCAAAAGGGAGAAUAGCCAUAAUAUUCUCGAUUGUGUUCCUGGCUAUUGCGUGCCACUUUCAUUCUGUCGUGGGGGUCAAGGUCUACGCGGAGGUUGCGCCCUUGAACGAGACCGCGCUCAACGAUGAUGAUAUCGUCGAGGAGAACGAGGUGCCGCUUUCUCAAGAAUCUAAAAACAAAAUUGACAAACUCUUGCGUGAUCAUCCGCACAAUAUGCAUGGAAAACCAACGAAAUUCGAUAUCGAAGACGACAAAUCGAAUUAUCAGAUUGAGCCGACGAGAAUAGCUAAUGUUACAGCUAAUCCAAUUGAAAUGAAUUCAUUGACCAGUCAAUCUCUGUCAAAUUCAACAGAAUGCAAAGGAAAGCUCACGGUUUCUUGUAUAGGGAAGGAUUUUUCGAACUUUUUAGAUCAACUCUCGAGGGUUGAUACGUACAAUGUAACAGAAUCUGUGCAGAUUAUAAGAAAUCCUGAAGUCAACGUUACGUGCAACGAUCGAAAGAAAAAUGAUACGGAUUUAAAUCUUUUGGAUAAGGUUCAUCGUUAUGCCAGGACACACGUGAUGAAGAUACAGCUGAAUAAGGAUCUCAGUCUCGCCAGGAAAGCCAGGACGUUCUUCGGUUCCGUGUUUCAGGGAAAGAGUACCUUUUUAACAGGAUUCGGGCUUGGUUUUCUAGCAUUUGGUCUGAAGAAACUAUUGCUACCCUUGUUCUUCGGCGUACAAAUAGUUAAGAGUGUGUUACUUGCUCUCUUCCUACCCAGUAUCAUCGGCAGUAUUGGUAAUAUCGUUGGAAAAGGUGUUUCCUCUUUCGCGCAAUCUUCGCAUGCCGCGCCCGUGGCGGCAUCGGAAGAGAAUUUCGAGUUUAAAGAUAAUUCUGAUCUUUAUAACGAUGAUUAUCUGACGCGACAACCGGUAGGCACGUUACCAGCAUCCGCCAUGUACGACGAGAGUAUGAUGCAGACACAGAAAACUCCGGAUAUUGCGUCCCGCUAUGGAUUCGUCGAUUCGAGAAUAUCUCAUGCAAAUGCGCUUUCGGAUCGUUACUAUACGCGACACGUGGCUGCACAUGGACUUUCUAAACCACAAGAUUUUAAGGUCUUUCAUGAGAUACCGACGAGCUCUUUGCUGUUGACGAACUACGACCCGUUCUACUCACCCCUGCUGUCACGUCUGGACGCCGUUUUCUCCCGCCUCGGACACAACACGGAAGGCUGCAGGGAGUACGCAGUGUGCGCGAUGUAUCGGAGUCCCGCGCGUUACGCGCCAUAUUCGAACCUGGUCUCUGCUCAGCUGUCUAGGGAGUUAAACGAGCUGAGGAAACCCAGCAGCGACAAUCCCGACGUUCUACGUUUCUUCAGAUACAUGAAAUCCGCCAAGGAUGGCCAGGAUGGCGUCAAGUGUGAAGAGAUUUAUGCGAAUUGUGCGAACGCUCGUGAAGAUCAGACCUUAAAGCAAAAUCAAGCGAUGCUCGCGACGUAUCAAGAUAUUAAUAAGCUCGUUCAGGCCAGAAAGAUCUGAGAACGUUAUAAUUUACUUUUGUUGUUGCUAUUAUUAAUUGCAAACGUGAUAAAAAAAAGAAGACAUGUCUCUCAUAUCGCUUCAUCGAAUACACGAGCUUUAGGAGCAGUGAUUUAUAGUUCUGAUCGGAUGCACUAGUACAAUCGCUAAAAAGAUUUAGCGUUUGCUCUAAUGAUUGAACAUUCAUUCAUAGAUUUUGCGCGCAAGUAAAGUUUGUAGGUAUUCUUAAUGGUGGAUUAUUACGGUCGAUGCGCUCAUUCGGGGUUUCAAGAUGCAAAUUGUCAAUUUUUUUUUUCCCAAAAACUUGAUCAACUUUUAGUCAAAAUUUAAGACUGAAAACAAUAUUUAAAUAUUUUUUAAAUUGUUUCAAUUUUGGGAUAGCGUCUUAGAUAAGAGAAUCUGAAAUUAAUUUACAUUUGGGGCUCCUGAGAUAGUUUUAAUUCGCCAUUGUUUGAAUCUUCAACUUCCAAAGCUAAACAAGCUCUUGAUAUACCAUACACAGUUUCCUAAAUUAUCGUUUGUAGCAAGAGCGCGAUAUCGAACGUGUAAACGUUAAAAUAUGUA